CGGACGAAGCGGUUGCACUUUACCCGCGGCUGCCGGAGCUGCGAGACCCUAGCGUCCCCCCGCUCCCGGCCCCCGCCCCCUCCUGGUCUCCGCCUCCUUCCCUCACACACCCCCAGGGCCGCAGGCCUUCCUGGCGCUCCUCUGCUCUUUCCCCACACUAGCUGGAACCCCUGGGUCCUUCUGCUCCCCGCCGGCCUUGCUGCCCCCAGGGCGAGACCUCCUCGGGUUCUCCUUUCACACACGCGCGCCCUCGCUCGCUGAGCCACCCCCUCCUCUCUGGCCCUCCUCCUCCUCGUCCUUGCUAAGGCCGCUGUCGGGGGAGGAUUGAUGUCCCUUCAGCAUCAUGCAGCCGCCGCCGAGGAAGGUGAAAGUUACACAAGAACUGAAAAAUAUUCAAGUUGAGCAGAUGACAAAACUUCAAGCCAAACAUCAAGCAGAAUGUGAUUUGCUUGAAGAUAUGAGGACAUUCAGUCAGAAGAAGGCUGCUAUUGAAAGAGAAUAUGCACAGGGUAUCCAGAAGUUGGCUAGCCAAUACCUGAAGAGAGAUUGGCCUGGAAUAAAAGCUGAUGAUCGGAAUGAUUACAGGAGUAUGUAUCCUGUUUGGAAAUCUUUUCUCGAGGGAACAAUGCAGGUUGCCCAGUCUCGGAUCAAUAUAUGCGAAAACUAUAAGAACUUCAUUUCUGAGCCUGCAAGGACAGUGAGAAGCUUAAAAGAGCAGCAACUAAAAAGGUGUGUGGACCAGUUAACAAAGAUCCAAACUGAACUACAAGAGACAGUGAAAGAUUUAGCUAAAGGCAAAAAAAAGUACUUUGAGACUGAACAGAUGGCUCAUGCAGUACGAGAGAAAGCUGACAUCGAGGCAAAGUCUAAACUUAGUCUUUUUCAGUCAAGAAUCAGUCUACAGAAGGCAAGUGUAAAGUUAAAAGCCCGGCGAUCUGAAUGUAAUUCCAAAGCUACUCAUGCAAGGAAUGAUUAUCUUCUUACUCUAGCAGCAGCAAAUGCACAUCAGGAUCGCUACUAUCAAACAGAUUUAGUUAACGUUAUGAAGGCUCUUGAUGGAAAUGUGUAUGAUCACCUCAAGGAUUAUUUAAUAGCCUUCAGUCAGACUGAGCUAGAAACAUGCCAAGCUGUGCAAAACACAUUCCAGUUUUUAUUAGAAAACUCCAGCAAGGUGGUACGGGACUAUAAUCUUCAGCUGUUUUUACAAGAGAAUGCCGUAUUUCACAAACCUCAGCCCUUCCAGUUCCAGCCCUGUGACAGUGAUACUAGUUUAAAAGCUGCCCAACUGGUGGAUAUUGAGCUCUCCCCUGUCAGUGCUCUGAGAAUGACCAUAGCUGAGAGCAGACAAUUAGAAUCGGAAACUGGGACCACUGAAGAGCACAGUCUAAAUAAAGAGGCUCGAAAAUGGGCCACACGUGUGGCACGUGAGCACAAAAACAUUGUUCAUCAACAACGGGUUCUAAAUGAUCUGGAAUGUCAUGGAGUUGCUGUAUCAGAACAAAGCCGAGCAGAACUGGAACAGAAAAUAGAAGAAGCUAGAGAAAAUAUUCGUAAAGCAGAGAUAAUUAAGUUGAAAGCAGAAGCCCGGCUUGACCUGCUAAAGCAGAUUGGUGUUUCUGUGGACACAUGGCUGAAGAGUGCCAUGAACCAAGUAAUGGAAGAACUGGAGAAUGAGCGGUGGGCCCGCCCUCCCACAGCAACGAGCAAUGGCACUCUGCACUCGCUUAAUGCAGAUACCGAGAGAGAAGAAGGAGAAGAGUUUGAAGACAACAUGGAUGUUUUUGAUGACAGCAGUUCAAGUCCUUCUGGCACCUUGAGAAAUUACCCACUCACCUGCAAAGUUGUUUAUUCCUAUAAGGCUUCUCAACCAGAUGAGUUGACCAUUGAGGAACAUGAGGUGUUAGAAGUGAUUGAAGAUGGAGAUAUGGAAGACUGGGUAAAGGCUCGAAAUAAAGUUGGCCAAGUGGGUUAUGUGCCCGAAAAGUACCUACAGUUUCCCACCUCGAACAGCUUACUGAGCAUGCUACAGUCCCUGGCUGCUUUGGAUAGUCGGUCACACACUUCCAGCAAUUCUACGGAAGCCGAACUCGUUUCAGGCAGCCUCAACGGAGAUGCCAGUGUCUGUUUUGUGAAAGCACUUUAUGAUUAUGAAGGCCAGACGGAUGAUGAGUUGUCUUUUCCUGAGGGAGCAAUCAUCCGUAUCUUGAACAAAGAAAACCAAGAUGACGAUGGCUUCUGGGAAGGGGAGUUCAAUGGGUGGAUUGGAGUUUUCCCAUCGGUGCUAGUAGAAGAACUUUCAGCCUCAGAAAAUGGUGACACUCCAUGGAUGAAAGAGAUUCAGAUCUCUCCUUCCCCAAAGCUGCACGUCUCCCUGCCUCCACUGCCGCUGUAUGACCAGCCUCCCAGCAGCCCUUACCCUAGCCCAGAUAAGAGGAACUCCCAGUUCUUCCCCCGCUCUCCAUCAGCACAAGAAAACAACCUUCAUGCCGAAUCCCCAGGAUUCUCACAGGCAUCCAGGCAGACUCCUGAGACCUCAUAUGGCAAACUACGACCUGUCCGGGCAGCUCCUCCUCCACCUACACAGAACCACCGGAGGCCAUCGGAGAAGAUGGAAGAUGUGGAGAUCACACUGGUGUGAUGAAGGGUUUACCCUCCUUAUGGCUACAAUCAAGGCCAGGCUUGGGGUUUGGCCAGUCUUAUUUUUUAGGCACCUUUGCAUGAUGAUGACUCUUGAACAGAGCAAAAUCAAGGAGGAUUCUAUGUGACUGGGUGGCCUGGUGGACUUCUCCCAUGUUUUGAAUAUUUUGUGCCUUUUUUUGUUGUCAUUUUCUAUGUCAUCUCUCCAACCAUAGCACAAAUCCUAGUGGGCCUCAGCAUAGAGGGGAACAGCCCUCAUGGCUAACGUGGUGCAUUUUUAUGUGAGACUCAAAAUCAGGCCUUAUCCCAGGGCACAGUCACCAAAUUACUGAUCAUGUACAUUCAUACAGUAUAUUACUGUGAGAUCUCAUCUUUCUCCAAGUGGCUUUUGAUCAUCUGAUUAAGUAUUAAUCAGAGCAUGUUGGCUCCAGAAGGAAACAGAAAAAGGAUCAGGAGAGGCUGGCUCCUCCCCAGACUGAAAAUGAACCCUUACUGAGUAAAAAGUGGACUGCCUUGAACUUAGCGCCAAUUACAUUAACGCACAUCCCUUCCACAACUAACAGGUUUAAAAUAACAGUGUCCUUUGUAUGAAUAUUUCUGCCAUUCAUUUAGAGUUAGUGGGGCUAACCUGGAGGGGCUGAACUAACAGCCACAUCUUGCCCAUCACACAGACUAAUAGAAAGGAGGCUGUGGCUAACACAGAAAGGGAGCUUCCAGAUCGGAAGUGAGCUGGUUUAAUGUUCUUUUUGUCUUUGGGAAGUUCUCAUCUUAUUAUCUAUAGCAUAUAUUUUUCUGACCAACACCCUUUGAACAUGAAUGUCUGAAUAAAUUGAAGACACAUGUCUGCAUCGUUGCGCUUCUCUCCUGGGGAGGCAUCUAGAAUUAUUUCAUUCCCAAGCCAGCACACUGGCCAGAUAGUCAUGUAGUGGUUAGGGCAGACCAGCAGUCACUCAUGGAAGAUGCAGCUCUCAGGUCCCACUGCCCCAGUGCUUCCUUUGGAGGGAAGAUCCUGCAGGCCCACGGAGGAAACCGGCUUCCUGUGAGAAAGGACUCAAGGAUGCACAGCUUCCACAGAUGCCGGCUGACAAGGAAAAAGAGCUUCUGUGCUUCUCCAUGCCAUAGUAGCAGGGCCCAGAGUGGUGCUCGGAUUCUUCACUCCAUGGAAGGUAGAAUAUGUUACCCAGGGACCAAGGGAUGUUUGCCAGCUGCUUUUAAAUUUUUUGUUUGCCGGGCAAGGUGAUGCACGCAUAUGAUCCCAGCACUCAGGAGGCAGAGGCAGAAUGAUUGCUGCAAGUUCAAGGCCAGCCUGGGCUAUGUAGUGAGUUCAAGGCCAAUCUGAACUAUGUAGUGAGACCCUGUCUCACCACCCCCCAAAGUAAUAAAAUUUUUGUUAAAUCAGAUUUUCAGAAUUUAAUCCCAAAAAACUGUAUUAAGCUUUCAAAAUUCCAUCUCCCCCAAGAACCUUCAAAAACUUGAAAUAGUCACCCAAAUGUCCCCAUAGGAUUUUUGACCAAGAGCUGAAGAAAUUUUCAGUUAGUCAUUUGAUCACUUUAGUGAUAGUAGGCUUUGCUGAAUCUUCUCUGAUUUUUGGUUUUGUGUUUGUUUUUUGGCAUUUCUUAACCUGUUGAUCUAUUUGAGGUCUUUUAUGUUUAUCAAACUUAUUCUUAAGUUUAAAAAGGAUUUUUUUAAAAAAAGAUUUUAAAGUUUCUGACAUGUUACAAAUCUCUCAAGUGCUUAUUAAAUAGAGCAGUUCUUGCCACCCCAUUGUGUAUUCUCUUUAGCUAGCCAAAUUGUCCCUGGAUUUGGGUUUUCUACAACCUCAGUUAUUUCAAAUCUUUUGUUAUAUUUUAAAUAUUUUUUGGAAGAGCUGCUAAUUUUAUUUGAAAAACAAAAAAAACAAAGUUGUAAAAAUAUGCCUCCUUUUUAAAAAAAAAAAGUCCCCCCCCCCCCUUCAGAACAUAUAUCCCAGUGUCACAGCACAGGGCCAGGCUCUGAGGGAGCCUCUGUGCACAUGCGCUUUCUUUACCGUGGCUGUAAAAAGUUUGUAUUUAUUAUGUAUAAAAUGUUGAAUAAUUAAAAGAUGGAAUUAA